AUGGCCAUCCACAUCAAAGAUUCCGACGACCUGAAGACCAGGCUCACUGAGGCUGGAGAAAAGCUGGUGGUGAUCGACUUCAUGGCCACCUGGUGCGGACCUUGCAAGGUCAUUGGCCCUAAACUAGAGGAGAUUGCUAACGAGAUGGCCGAUUCACUUGUUGUUCUGAAGGUGGACGUUGACGAAUGUGAGGAUAUCGCCACAGAGUACAACAUCAACUCUAUGCCCACCUUUGUUUUCGUGAAGAGUUCCAAGAAGCUUGACGAGUUCUCCGGCGCCAACGCCGACAAACUAAGAAACACCAUUCUUAAGCUUAAGUAA